UAGUCUCCCAAAGAAAUUACAGCCCAGCCAUUCACGCCAUGGGUGUCCCCGGCGGUCGCGCCGUAUACUUGACUCCCUCGGGCAGACCAGCCUGGCAGCCCCUGGACUCUCCACUAUGGCAGGCCUUCCAAGAUGAGGAUCAUGAGGCGGCAUGGGAGGAGUUUGGCCCAGGGCCUUCCAAUCCACUCUUGGGGUCCGAUGGCUUCACACGCCUGCGAACACCAGCGUUGAGCUCCCGGCCCCGCAGCGCGGGCAGCACCAUGGCCUCCCUGGAAGCCGCCAGGGCAGCGGGUGAGGCUGCGAGAGCUGCUGCUGAUGCGGCCUUGGCUGCGGCCCAACUCAUUGUUCAGGACAUGCCUGGACAGCCGGAGCCAGCUCAGCCAAGGUCGCGGACUCCCUCGCCCAAAGAUGUGCCGUGCAGCGAGGUCAGAGAAGGCCCAGGCUCCAAGAUUUGA